GACAGAGUGCAAAUGUUUUUAAAAGAAGUUAUGCAAGUCUUCUUAUGACCGCUUAUUACAUAAACCGAAUGCUACUUAACCACAACGGCCGGAGGGACCCUCACCCUGUUUAUCCAUGGUUGUCCUCAGGAUAAGAAGCUCCCACAAAAGGAAAUGCAUGUUCAUCUGCUUGUGCAUUGCAGUCUUCAUCGUGUACAGGCACCUCGACCUUUCAAGAGCUGGACAAGGAACGAGCAGGAAAGUUGGACUGAGUGCCAACUCGUCCCAGUUCACCUUGGAGGGGGAGCCGUUCCGCAUCCUCGGGGGAUCCAUCCAUUACUUCCGUGUGCCCAGAGCCUACUGGAGGGACCGCCUGAUGAAAAUGAAAGCCUGUGGCAUCAACACACUCACCACAUAUGUACCAUGGAGUCUACACCAGCCACAGAGAGGGGUCUUCAACUUCCACACACAGCUGGAUUUAGAAGCUUAUAUUAAUCUUGCAGCAGAACUGGGUUUGUGGGUGAUUUUACGUCCAGGGCCCUACAUCUCCUCUGAGCUAGACCUGGGUGGACUCCCGAGCUGGCUCCUCCAAGAUCGCAGCAUGAGAGUGAGAACAACGUACCCGGGAUUUACCGAGGCCGUCAACACGUAUUUUGACAAACUUAUACCAAAUUUGGUGCCUUUGCAGUAUAAGAAAGGUGGUCCCAUCAUUGCUGUCCAGGUUGAAAAUGAAUACGGGUCUUUUGCUAAAGAUGAAGGUUACAUGCAUUUCAUUAAAGAGGCCUUGCAGUCCAGAGGGAUCAGCGAGCUCCUGCUCACAUCAGACAACCACAACACUUUAAAGUCAGGUGGCGUGGAUGGAGCCAUCAGAACGUUGAAGCUGCAGAAAGUCAAUCAGAGAGAUGUUCAGGAUCUGAAAGCAAUCCAGCCCAACAGACCAACCAUGGUGAUGGACUACAGGACAGGCUGGUAUGAUGUGUGGGGUGACCUCCACCACGUGCUCCCCCCAGAGGAUAUGGUGUCCACCGUGAGAGAAAUUCUGAGGCGAGGCAUGUCUGUGAACCUCUACAUGUUCCACGGAGGCUCCAGUUUUGGUUUCAUGAGUGGGGGGCUGGCUGAACCUUCCUACAAAGCAUUCGUCCCCAGCUACGAUUAUGACGCCCCCUUGUCUGAAGCUGGAGCGUACACGCAGAAGUACCACCUCCUCAGAGAUCUGCUCUCUCAAUUCAACAACGGUGACAUUUUCCCCGACAUGCCAGUGUUACAGCACAGGGAAGCGUAUGAAUCGGCGAUCACAUACCAGCACUUGUCCUUAUGGGACGCGUUGAGCUUUACUGAGGGACCAUUUAAGUCGGUCAAGCCGGUCAACAUGGAGAAUCUACCAGCGAACAACAGGAAUGGUCAGUCCUACGGAUACACCCUCUAUGAAACAACCAUCACCAGUGGCGGAUUACUGAAGUCAGGAGACAACGUUAAAGAUCGUGCUCUUGUUUUUGUAAACAGAAGUUACAUUGGGCUGUUCAAACGGCAGAACAUGGAGCUGGCUGUUCCAGAUGGCAAGGGACUGCAAACUUUAAGUUUAUUGGUUGAAAACUGUGGUCGAGUUCACCGGGGAAGGGACCUCGACAAGCAGCGCAAAGGCCUCGUCGGGGACAUUUUUCUAAACAGUAUCCCACUACAGGAUUUCACAAUAUACAGCCUGGAAAUGAAACCCGGUUUCAUUGAUAGUCUCUAUCAGGCUCCUUGGAAAGCUCUUCCUGAAACCCCCACUUUCCCUUCCUUUUUCAUGGGCCAGCUGUUUGCUUACGGCUAUCCCAGCGAUACUUUUGUCAAACUGCCAGGUUGGGAAAAAGGUGUUGUUUUUAUCAAUGGGAUAAAUCUGGGACGCUACUGGUCCAUUGGGCCCCAGCAGACUCUCUACCUCCCUGGUCCUUUUCUCAACAGUGGAAUCAACCAGAUCGUUGUUUUUGAGGAGCAGGAAGGUGACUACAAGGUCAAUUUUGAGGACACGCCUGAUCUUGGAAUGGCAGCAGAUGUCCAGUGACUGUCAUCGUCUCACCUGUCUGUAAAAUGUUACUUUUGACAUGAUUUACAACCAUUUUGACAUGAUUUACCGGUACCGUAAUGUGUGAUUGUAUGUUAUGCUAUGCUUCCAUUAUGACAUAACCCAAGAGCUAAAAGAUACAAUAUAUUUUUUGUGGUUGUAGAUUGUUAAACAUGCUCCAACGAGAACGGAUGUAACUAGUAGCAGCGCGCUAGCUUGUCAUCGGGAAAGAUAUUCAACACAUCAGCAAAACAUACAUACAGUACAUGAUCGCGAUCCAAUUCAUCGUAUUUAUUAUGUAUCGUGUAAAGCUAAGACAGGAGCAACAUCCGUUUAAAAGAACUAAAUGAAUACAGACCCAUCAUCCAACAGUAUGAGCCUGGACUACGUUUUUCAGAGAGAAGAUUAUAUGUCGCUGUUUGCGUGCAUGAAUUAACUUGCGAUUGUGCACAAAUCCGACAAACAAGUACGCACAGUAGCACUCAAUAACCUCAUCAAAUCUUACUUUUAGGCAUUUCCACAUAGUAUCAGCAUUUGGGACCAAAUAUGAGGUGGAGGAAAAGUAGUCUCUGUGCAGCAUGGGAGAAAUUUAGAUGGUGCGUUCAAGGACCGAUGAACAAAGUGGGACAAGACUCUGCGUGCAAAAACAUUUUUUUAAGUGUUUUUAAUUUUUAAUCAUUGCACCUGAACGUUUGGCGUGAUCCGGUGGUUGGGGCCCCCUGCCUUACAGCACGCUCGGGAAUGUGUGCUCUUUUACACAUUAGAAAAUAGAGUAAGAGUGGCACUUUUAUAGAAUUGACUUCUUCAUUUUAUAAUGACAGACUGUCUACAUCAGAAAAUGUAACCGAUGAAUGGUAUCGAACCGAAUCGAAUCAUAUCGUUUGUACACUGUGUCAAAUCCUUCUGUUUUUAAUAUACAUCAUGUUUUAAUCAUAUCUUAUCCCCUGUAUCUAGAUGCCAUGGAAUAAUCUACCACAGAGGUUUACAUCCCUGGUAGCUACAUUAAUAUUUUAUUAAAAUGUAAUUACGUCCGUGGGUUUAGUGGUUGACUUGUGUUCAUUUUAUUUCUUGAGGUUUCUUGUUUGCACGAUGUGAAAUGUUUUGAUGCUUUAUAUUCAGAUUACUUAAUGGCACUUAUUAAAACGUGUAUUUAUCCCAGUUUUGUAUGAUGUAAGGAACCCUAUUUAUUACUCUUAUUUAUUGGUUCAGUUGCUGUAAUAGACAGUGUUCAAAUAAAGAUUUGC